AUGAAUAUUUUCUCCAAUAACAUUCGUGGAAUUGGGUGUGAAGUAAAAAGGAGCUGGCUUAGAGAUUGUCGUAUCAAACAUCACUCUUUCUUUGUUGGGUUGCAAGAAACGAAGUCCACAGAGGUUAAAAACAAACUAGACAGACAAAUUUGGGGCUCUCUAAACUUCCAAUGUGAGGUUAUUGAUCCGGUGGGAUUAUCUGGUGGAAUAGCUUCCAUAUGGGACCCCUCCCUUUUCCAGGUCUCUGAAUCAAUAAAAGGUGUUGGUUUUCUUGCCAUAAAGGGCAGUUGGCUUAAGCUAAGGAAAAAUUGUUGCUUUGUCAAUGUCUAUGCCCCACAAGAUCCUUUGAGGAAAAGAUCCAUGUGGAAUAAUUUGUUUGAUCUCAUCAAUUCAGACCUAGACUCCUCUUGGUUUGUCUUCGGCGAUUUCAAUGUCGUUCGCCUGCCGCAAGAAAGACUUGGAUCCACUUUCUGUCAAAAUAGCGCCUAUUAUUUCAAUGAAUUCAUACAUUCUAUAGGUCUGCUAGAGAUUAAAAUGGGGGGUCGAAGAUUUACGUACAUGCACUCAGCGGGGGAUAAACACAGCAAGCUUGACAGAUUCCUUGUCUCUCUAAACGCUAUUGAGACCUGGCCAAAUCUAAAUGUCACAACCAUGCCUAGGGUGCAUUUCGACCAUUGUGCUAUCUUGUUAUCUGCCUCCCAACUCGACUUUGGCCCACCCCCAUUCAAGCUCUAUAAUUCCUGGCUGAAGGACCCAGAGUUCGAGGGUAUCUUAAGGCGGGGAUGGGGUAUCAACAACAAUCCAAGCCAUCAGUUGUUUCGUUCUCCCCUUUCCAUGGUUGCAGGAAAACUGAGGAAUUUAAAGGAGCACAUUAAAGCUUGGAGGAAGGAAGUUACCGAGAAAUCCAGAAAAGAGAUGGAGGAGCUUACAAACAGAAUAAAUGACAUCGACCAUUUGGCUGAGCAGGGCCUAAUUAAUAAAGAUCUUCUAUUAAGCCGACAGACCGCAUAUCAAAAAAUUAUGGAAAUUGAAUCCAGGCGUAUCGAGGAUUUUAAACAAAAAUCUAGAACUACCUAG